GACUUCACCCCUGGGGAUUUGGUGUGGGCCAAGAUGGAGGGGUACCCCUGGUGGCCCUGCCUGGUCUACAACCACCCCUUCGACGGGACCUUCAUCCGUGAGAAGGGGAAGAGGUCCAAGUCCGUCCGUGUCCACGUGCAGUUUUUUGAUGACAGCCCAACAAGGGGCUGGGUCAGCAAAAGGAUGUUAAAGCCCUACACAGGUUCAAAGUCUAAGGAAACCCAGAAAGGAGGUCAUUUUUAUAGUGCAAAGCCUGAGAUACUCAGAGCAAUGCAGCGUGCAGAUGAAGCUUUGACUCAAGACAAGACGAAGAGGCUUGAACUGGCUGUGUGUGAUGAGCCUUCGGAGCCAGAGGAAGAGGAGAUGGAGGUGGGUACGUCUGAUAAAAGUGAGGGUAACGGGCUGGAGAGUGAGGAGGAAACGCAGCCCAAAAUGGAAGGGAUCCGGAGGAGUAGCCGUCAGUUCAAGAAACUGAGGGUUUUUUCCGACUCGGAGAGUGAUACAGGUGGCUCUGACGUGGAGUUCAAGCCAGACAUCAAGGAGGAACGCAGCAGUGACGGGAUGAGUGACGGUGCUGGCGACAGCGAGAUCGAAGAUCUGGAGAGUCCAAUCAAAGCUGCUCCCAAGCGGAAGAGGGCAGGGACCGGAAAUGGCUCCAUUAAGAGGAAGAACUCCAAGAAGGAUGCCAAUCGAACCUCGGGCAUUUUAUCAGAAACCAAGAGCGCUUUGAGUGGUUUCUCGGUGCCCAGUAGUGUUUCGGAACCCAGUGCCCCUGUUGGUGAGGAUAGUGGUCAGCUGACUGUCUGGUAUCAUGAGACGUUAGAGUGGCUUAAGAAGGAUAAGAGAAGGGACAUGCACAGGAGGUGGCCCGACCACCCUGAUUUUGAUGCGUCUACUCUCUACGUGCCUGAGGAUUUCCUCAAUUCUUGCACCCCUGGCAUGAGGAAGUGGUGGCAGAUCAAAGCCCAGAAUUUUGAUCUUGUCAUAUUUUAUAAGGUAGGGAAGUUUUAUGAGCUGUAUCACAUGGAUGCUCUCAUUGGGGUCAGUGAACUGGGGCUGGUAUUCAUGAAGGGCAUCUGGGCCCAUUCGGGCUUCCCUGAAAUUGCCUUUGGCCGGUAUUCAGACUCGUUGGUGCAGAAGGGCUAUAAAGUUGCACGUGUGGAGCAGACCGAAACCCCGGAGAUGAUGGAGGCCCGAUGUCGAAAGAUGGCACAUAUCUCCAAGCAUGACCGAGUGGUGAGGAGGGAGAUCUGUAGGGUCAUCACCAAGGGGACGCAGACUUACAGUGUUCUGGAAGGAGACCCAUCGGAGAACUACAGUAAGUAUCUGCUCAGUAUUAAAGAGAAGGAGGGCGAUCUUUCGGGCCACACGCGUGAGUACGGAGUGUGCUUUGUUGAGGCCUCGCUGGGAAAAUUCUUCAUCGGCCAGUUUUCUGACGACCGUCACUGUUCUCGGUUCCGGACGCUUGUGGCCCACUAUCCCCCAGUCCAGGUCUUGUUUGAGAAGGGGAACCUCUCACUGGAAACCAAGACGAUUCUGAAGGGCCUGCUGGCUCCCUCCCUCCAGGAAGGUCUGGCACCAGGCUCCCAGUUCUGGGAUGCAGCCAAGACCCUGCGGACUCUACUUGAGGAAGGCUAUUUUUCAGAACAAUCAGGCCAGGAUGGUGGGGCGAUGUUCCCUGAGGUGCUGAAAGGAAUGACCUCAGAGUCUGACGUUAUUGGCCUGACACCAGCAGACAAGAGUGCGUUGGCCCUCUCUGCUCUUGGUGGUUGUGUCUUUUACCUCAAAAAAUGCCUUAUCGAUCAGGAACUCUUAUCCAUGGCUAAUUUUGAAGAGUAUGUUCCCCUGGAUUCGGACAUGAUCAGUGCUAACAAACCUAGCGCUGUCUUUGCUCGAACCAAUCAACGAAUGGUGCUAGAUGCUGUGACAUUGAAUAACUUAGAAAUUUUUAUGAAUGGAACAGAUGGUUCCACUGAGGGGACCCUCUUGUCGAAGGUUGAUACGUGCCACACCCCAUUUGGCAAGCGGCUUUUAAAACAGUGGCUGUGCGCCCCGCUCUGUAGCCCUUGGGCCAUCAAUGACCGUCUAGAUGCUAUAGAGGAUCUCAUGGAAGUGCCUGACAAAGUCUCAGAGGUGGUGGAGCUUCUCAAGAAGCUUCCAGACCUGGAGAGGCUGCUGAGUAAAAUUCAUACUGUUGGGUCUCCCCUCAAGAACCAGAAUCACCCCGAUAGCCGGGCUAUAAUGUAUGAGGAGACAACAUACAGCAAAAAAAAGAUCAUUGAUUUUCUUUCUGCCCUGGAAGGCUUCAAGAGCGUAUGUAAAAUUAUUGAGAUCAUGGAGGAUAGCAUUGAUGACUUCAGAUCUAAAAUUCUUAAACAGAUCAUUACUCUGCAGACAAAAAGCCCCAAGGGCCGGUUUCCUGAUUUAUCUCUAGAACUGAACCGCUGGGAUACCGCCUUUGACCAUGAAAAGGCCCGAAGGACUGGGCUGAUUACUCCCAAAGCAGGAUUUGACUCGGAUUAUGACCAGGCUCUUGCAGACAUUAAAGAAAAUGAACAGAGCCUCCUAGACUACUUGGAGAAACAGCGCGUCAGAAUCGGUUGUCGGUCCAUAGUCUACUGGGGGAUCGGUAGGAAUCGCUACCAGUUAGAAAUUCCAGAGACUUUCGCCAACCGGAAUUUGCCAGAAGAGUAUGAGUUGAAAUCUACCAAGAAAGGCUGUAAGAGAUACUGGACAAAGACCAUCGAAAAUAAACUGGCUAAUCUGAUGAAUGCUGAGGAGCGCAGGGAUGUGUCACUCAAGGACUGCAUGCGGCGUCUCUUCUAUAACUUUGACAAGAACCACAAGGAUUGGCAGGCGGCUGUGGAGUGCAUUGCAGUACUGGAUGUCUUACUGUGCCUGGCUAACUACAGCCGAGGGGGUGACGGUCCUAUGUGUCGCCCAGUGCUUCUCUUGCCGGGAGAACACGCGCCCCCUUUCUUAGACCUUAAAGGAGCACGUCAUCCCUGCAUCACAAAGACUUUUUUUGGAGAUGACUUUAUCCCUAAUGAUAUUCAAAUAGGCUGUGAUGAAGAGGAGGAAAGCAGUAAAGCAUUUUGUGUGCUGGUUACUGGACCAAAUAUGGGGGGCAAGUCUACACUGAUGAGACAGGCUGGUCUCUUGGCUGUGAUGGCUCAGAUGGGUUGUUACGUACCUGCUGAAAUGUGUAGGCUAACACCAAUUGAUAGAAUAUUCACCAGACUUGGUGCCUCAGACAGAAUAAUGUCAGGUGAAAGUACAUUCUUUGUUGAAUUGAGUGAGACAGCCAGUAUACUUACACAUGCAACAGUCCAUUCUUUGGUGCUUGUGGAUGAAUUAGGAAGAGGGACUGCCACAUUUGAUGGGACAGCAAUAGCAAAUGCCGUUGUUAAAGAACUUGCUGAGAAUAUCAAGUGUCGCACGUUAUUUUCUACCCACUACCACUCGUUAGUUGGAGAAUACUCUCAGAAUGUCGCAGUUCGCCUUGGACACAUGGCUUGCAUGGUAGAAAACGAAUGUGAAGAUCCCAGCCAGGAGACCAUCACCUUCCUCUAUAAAUUCAUCAAAGGAGCUUGUCCUAAAAGUUAUGGCUUUAAUGCAGCAAGAUUGGCUAAUCUUCCAGAGGAGAUUAUUCAAAAGGGACACAGAAAAGCAAGAGAAUUCGAGAAGAUGACUCAGUCACUGCGGUUAUUUCGGGAAUUUUGUCUUGCUAGUGAAAGAUCCACUCUCGAUGCUGACUCUCUCCAUAAGCUGGUGACUUUGAUGGAACCAUAAACUGCAUUGGAAGCUUUUGACAAAGGUGGUAAAUUCAGACAACAUUAUGAUCUAAUAAACUUUAUUUUUAAAAAAUGA